ACGUAGCACGGCGCGUGCUUGCUGUACGCGGGUGUCAACACUUAGAAUGGCUUCGUCGAACACAACCCCAACACUCGGUCUGCCUUCACCUCCUCACCAUCAAAAUGGCCGCUGUUCCGAAUCCUUUCAUGCUGUCCCCACAUUCCUUCCCCGGAGAUGAGAGCACGCUGCCUAGCACAGCUGGCGAUACGUGGCGCUCCACUCCGCAAUCCAUUCCCUCAACCUCGAUGCCGCCUACAAAGCCCUCGUGCAAACAAGCCUCCCCCAAAACGCUGCCAACUUCAUCCAAAUCCACUUCGCCCCAGACUCCGAGCAGACGUGGCCCCCAAUGCACUCACAUGAUCAUGGAUCGACGUUACGGAAAACACAAAUGUCACGUUUGCGGCAAGAAACCCGGCCUCGGCUUUCUCUACACAUGCCAACAAGAUUAUAUCGAUUCAAACAGGAGCCUCCCCCCGGUCAUGGGUGUCGCAUCGCGGCUGCCAGGUCAUGGCAGCGUCUUUGACCGCUUGGCCAAACUGGCGGAAAUUCUAGAAAUGAGCACGAGCGUUGUCAAUCAAAUUCGCGCGGAAGAGUACAGCGUGGACCAAAUCCACCUUCUUUGCGCUCAGCGGCUUUUUGUUAUCGAAACCAUACGCAAAGCGGAGGCGAGGACCGACGCGUCAGACACUCCGCCGGACUCACCGCUUGUCCCCUCUCCAGCUGACUUCCUGAGCGUACAACCCGUCCUGCACCAAGUCCAGAGUAGUGCUCUUGUGAUGCCACCGGCCGGCACACCGUAUGGUACCCCUGUCUCAGGCUCGCCCACCAAUUCGAACAAGAACCCACCGAAGAAGCCGAAGUGCAAUCUUCAAGUCUGCCACGCGUGCCGACCGCUGUUCCAAGAUCGCGUCCCCAUGAGUCUUACUGGCGUGCUGAAGGACGAACUACCACCACUCACUUGGGCCGAGAUGCGCAGGUUGCCCGUCCUCGACGCCAACGUCCUCGCCAACAUUCAUCUACGCGAAGCGACGAAUGGGUCCUUCGCUUCCUACUAUGACGGCGAUCUCGCUAGCUCUGAAGGAGACGACCAUUUCGCAGAAGACUGGACUCCGACUGCGUUUGAUCUCCAUGCUCCGUGGUACGAGGAUGAAUCGGACGAGGAAGACACAGAAGAGGAAGAGUACCCGUGUCCAGGCCCAGGCCGUUGUCGCGUAUGGGUGCCGUUGAUGGGCUGCGCAUACGAUCUCGGCCACACAGACGACCAGCGUGCGAUUAACCACGGGUUCGCGGAUUCGAACGAAAGUGAAGAAGAAGGACAGAGCAAGCAGCAGCGUGCAGCUCCCACGCCACCUCCCCACCGUUACAGCCCGUCGUCCAAUGCAUCGUCCAUCAGCCUUCUCGAGCCGCCGACUCCAUCCAUGCUUGAUUCGAUGACGAGCUUUCCCAAGGCCUACACGGUGUGCGGCAUCAUGAGCACUCUGCCAGACUGGUCCUACGAGAAUAUUGGCACGGACAGCAACAGCAGCCUGGGCAGCGAGGUGGAGGUGGAAGGCGGUGUGGCUUUGACCGAGGAGGCUGUGGAAGCAGGUCUGCCCGAUCUCGUCACCGAUGAAGAGUAAUGGAACAUGUGGUGAGAGGCGCUCCGCCUACAUCUC